AUGUCGGAAGCCGACAACACCAUUGAGGUGGUUGAGCAGGUCGAUGCUCCCACUCCCACCCAGUCAGAGCCUGCCCAGUCCGAGGCCGAGCAGUCAGUGAGCGCUCCCUCACCGCCACCAGCCGAAGAGCCAUCUACCAACGGCACCGCGGAUGCGGAUGCCCCUGCGGAAGCGGAUGCGGGCGCGAAGCCAACGGCGGCAGCAUCGCCCAAGAGCGCAAGCCCCAAAUCCUCCCCUACCGCGGCUGCGAAACGGACCGCGACAGGCACAACAGGCACAACUGCAACUGCCCGUCGCUCGGUUGUUGGUGCUUCCUCCACUGCUACGAAGCCCACCGCCUCUUCUGCUACCCGCACCAGCACCACUGGUACCGCGACCAGCAGGACCACCACCACUCGUCCGGCCAGCAUCUCGAGCGCCCCCAAGCGCCCAACGACCGCUGCUUCGACCACGACCGCUUCUCACCGCACUCGUCCUUCCGCUUCCGAGAUCGACAGCAAGUCCACCACUGCUUCCCGUCGUACAUCGGUUGCCCCCAGCAGCACUGGUGCUUCGCCUACUAAGCCAGCCACCAGGGUUUCCAGCACCACUUCGAGCACCACCGCCGCCGCCCGCAAGCCAGCUACCUCCACCGUAUCACCUAGAACAAGCACCACCGGCGUUUCUAGGACACCAACCACCACCAGCUCUGCUGCCAGCGCCGCUCGGAGCGCCUCUCGCGCAUCAGUUACCACACCCACCUCCGAUGCCGCGAGAAAGCGUCUUUCCCUGGCUAGCUCGACCGGCCCCACGCCGACUACUGCUAGACACACUUCCCGCCCUUCGUUGGCUUCGAGCGCCGGUGCUGCCGCUGCCGCUGCCGAAUCUGCCAAGGAGAUUGAGGCGCUCAAGAGCAAGCUGGAAGCUAGCGAGGCCGAAAUCGCGGAACUCAAGUCUCAGAUCACCUCAUCCCAGGAGAAGAUCGAAGAGCUUAGCGCGAAGGCUGCCGAUUCCACCACCGAUUCCGAGAAGCAAGAGACUGCUGAGGAUGGCUCUAGCCAAGAGCAUAUCGAGGCCCUCACCGACUUGAAGGCCGAGCAUACCGCUGAGAUCGAGGCCCUCAACAAGCAGAUUGCCGAGUUGCAGGAGAAGCUUUCCUCUGCCGAGACUGAGCUUGUUGCUCAGAAGAGCCAGCUUUCCGACGCUGCGGGGUCCAAGGAUGUUGCAGAUUCCGAGGUCGCCAACCUGAAGGAGUCUUUGGAUGCCCUGGAGGCUGAAUACCAGGCCAAGCUGGCUGAAGCUGAGGCCAACCUCAGCAAGACCAAUGAGGAGCACAGUGCUGAGAUCGAGACUCUCAAGGCUACUCUUACCGAGCAGCAUGAGCAAGCCCUAGUGGAGCUCAAGACCAAGUUCGCUCAGGAGCAACAAGACGGCGAUGACGGAGCGACCGAGGCUCACGAAAAGGCCAUCCAGGAGUUGAAGGCUAGCCACGAGAGUGCCAUUGCCGAGCUCCAGAAGAAGAUUGACGAGUUGUCCUCCUCGCAGGCUGCCAACGACGCUGAUGCCACUAAGCUCGAGGCCUUGGAAUCCCAGAUUGCCGAGCUGAAGGCCAAACUCGAGGCUUCCGAGCAGAACGCUGAGUCGGCCAAGGCCGAGCUCGAAUCCAAGGUGGCCUCCUUUGCUUCUUUGGAGGCCAAGGUCGCUGAUAUGGAGACUGAGCUGUCGGCGGCCAAGGAGGAAGCGAGCAAGGCCGCUGCCACUCACGCCGAGCUCCAGAAGCGUAUCGACGAGCUUACUGAGGAGACCAAGUCUCAGGAGGCCAUCAUUGCCAAGCUCAAGAAGGAGACUGCUUCUGCAGAGGAACUCCAGAAGCGCAUUGAACAGCUUACCGAAGAGAACACCACCUACGAGGCCACUCUUGCCAAGCUGAAGGAGGAGACGUCGGCUGCCGAAGACCUUCAGAAGCGCAUUCAGGAACUUGAGGCCGAGGCCAAGGACAAGGAGGCCACCAUUGCCCAAUUGAAGGACACCACCACCGGUUCGGACGAGCUCCAGAAGCGCAUCGAUGAGCUUAGCAACGACAGCAAGGACAAUGAAGCUACUAUCACCCAGCUUAAGGAGGAGGUCGCCGCUGCCGAAGAGCUCCAAAAGCGUAUUCAAGAGCUCACCGAAGAAGCCAAGACCAAGGAAGCCACCAUUGCCAAACUGCAGGAGGAUCUGGCUGCCACUGCUGAGCUUCAAAAGCGUGUUGAUGAGCUCACCGAGGAGGCCAAGGAGAAGGAGGCUACCAUCGAGAAGCUCAAGGAGGAACACAAGGCCGCCGAUGAUCACCACCAGAAGCAGUUGCAGCAGGUCAGCAAGGACUACGAGGACGAGAUCGAAAGCCUCAAGGGUGAUGCUUUCUUCAAGCGCAAGUUCCAGGAGCUUGAAGUCAAGUACGCCGAGCUCACCAAGUCUCACGAGGACUCUGCUGAGGAGCACGCCAAGGCCCUUGAGUCCGCCAAGUCCGAGCAUGAAGCUGCUGUCAAGGCCCUGGAAGCCAAGGAGGCCGAGCAUCAAAAAGCUUUGGACGCCUUGAGGGCCAGCCUCGCCGAGGAGCUCGAGAGUGCCAAGGCCGCUGCCAGACAGCAGGCUGAAGAAGCCAGCCUCGAGCAGCUUGAGGCCCUCAAGACUAGCCAUUCUAGCCAAAUCGAUAUCCUCAAGGGUGAGAGCGCAGCUGCUCUGGCUAAGGAACUUGAGGCACUAAAGGCCAGCCACGCCGAAGAGCUUGCCGUUGCUCAGAAGUCUGUCGAUGGCAGCAACGCUUCCCAGUUGGAAGAUCUCAAGAAGGAGCUCCAGGCCAAGCACUCCGAGGAGAUUCAGAACUUGAUGGGCCAGCUUGAGAACGCUAACCAAAUCAAGAUUGAACUCGACGAGUUAAAGAAGAAGCAUUCCGGAGAGCUUGAGCAACUCAAGGCUGAACUUGAGAGUGGCCAAAGCCUUAAGAAGCAGCUUGAGGAGCUCGAGGCUAAGCAUGUCGAGGAGGUCCAGAAGCUCACGGCGGAACUCGAGAACGGUAGCCACCUCAAGGAGGACCUCGAGGAGCUGAAGGCCAUCCAUGCCCAGGAGGUGCAGAAGCUGAUGAGCGAGCUCGAAAACGCAAACAGCCUCAAGCAGGAUCUUGAGGAUGUUAAGGCCAGGCACGUGGAGGAGUUGAAGAGACUGACAAGCGAAGUUGAGGGCUCUACCAGCCUCAAGGGCGACCUCGAGGCUGUCCAAGCGAAGCUUGCUGGGGCAGAGGCCAAUCUCGCCGCUGCCCACCAAACCGCUGAGCAGGCGAGAAGGGAGUUGGAGGACAGCAACGCCGCCGAGUUCGAGAAGAUGAUUUCGGCACACCAAGAAGCCCAGGAGGCUUUGAGGAAGGAGAACGCGGCGAACGUCAAGGCUCAGCUUGAGGCCCUGAAUGCGGAACACGACAAGGCCAUCGAGAACCUCAAGGCCGCCCAUGAGGCUGCUCUCAAAGAGCAGACUGAGGGCUUGGCCAAGCUCGAGGCUGCCAAGCAUGACCUUGAGAUGGCUCUUGCCUCUAUCAAGAUUGAGCACGACAAGGCCCAAGAAGAGUUGGACAAUGUCAGCCAGCAGUUGGCAAUGGAGAAGAUGGAGAAGUUCACUGCUCAGGCCGAGUUGGAUGCCGUCAAGAAUGCCAGGCCGGAUACCAGGGAGCUCGAUUCCCUCAGGCAGGAGCUCGCGGCGAUCAAGGCUGCCCAUGAGCAGGAACUCCAGGAGCAGAAGGAGGCCCUCAAGGCCGCCUUCGAGCAAGAUCUCGUUGCCCAGAGGACGUCCUUCGAGAGCGAGCUCACCGUUACCAGCGAGGCCGCGAAGAAGCACGCUGCUGAGCUAGCCAGUGCCAGGGAGGAGGUGGCCAUUCUUCACAAGGAGUUCCAGGCCUUCAAGCUCGAGGCCGAGGCUAAGCAGAAGACGUUCGAGGCCGACUACAAGGACAUGCACGACAGUCUGACACAGUUGGUCGAGGAGGAGCAGAACCAGAAGGCAGCUUACGCAUCUAAGCUGGCCGAAGAGGACAAGAUGAUUGUCGAACUCAAGGCGCUACUGAAGGUCAAGGACGCUGAGCUCGCGGAGGCCAAGAGCCACUUCACCAACGGGACUGGCGUCAACGGGGUCAAGGGCGACAAGGCCGCGGCGGAAGGUGAGAUUGAGCCUGACAACUCAUCCUCAGCAUUAGCUUCGAUCAAUAAGGCCCAAAAGAUGGUCAGCCAGCUGGCGGAGUUUACUGAGGACCUGGGCAACCAGAACUCGCAGAUGCUCCAGUCGAUUACGGAUAUCAAGUCUUGA